AUGGCUGCGACAUCGCAAGCAUCCGACUCGUCUGAUCGGAAGAAGGCGCCGUGUCUGCGCGACGACGAGGCUCUACGCAUCGCCAACCGGUGGCUCAGCAUCUUCUCGACCGGCGGCGUCUCGAGCAAGUCUGAAGUGGCCAAGAUAGUCUCGAAGGACCUCGUGAGCGCCGACGACACCUUUGGCCCGCCGACGUUCGGCAUCGACGCCUUCUGGGACGCCAUCACGCCGCCGCCCAACUCGCCCCGGACCACGACGAACGUGACGCAGUCCACCAACUUUUUCAUCCAAACCUGCGACCAGAUCGCGUUCAACUGGCAGUACAGAGGAGUGACGACUGGGUUUAACUCGACCGUCCCAGCAGGAACGCCUGUAGCCUUCACGGGCAACGACAUCAUUCAGGUUGAUCUGAAGACAAGGUUGAUAUCCAACGCUACUUCAAGCGGCCAAUGGAUCCUACUGGCUCAGCAGCUGGGAGGAAGAAGCUGCGGUGUUUAG